AGCAGGAAGCGAGGGUUGGAAACGGAAGUGACGAAGGCCUCCAGCAUGCCAAGCAAUUUUAGCUUCGAGGUGCGUCAACGACCAGCGAACAGCAGCGGCGGAGACGAACAACAACGCGCGCAAGCCUCGCCAUGCUGGCAGCACCUCCACACACAUUCCGAAGCCGCUGAAGAUCCCCCACGUACACGCCCCAAACACUGCGACACGCCACUGCGCCAUGUCUUUCCCCAACCAACCCCACGGUGGCCCCGCCGGUGCUCCCCCGAACAUGGCUCAGAACUUCAACGCCAUGCUUCAGCGCUCCGUAGACUCUCCGCAGCCCGAAAAUGCAGUGGAUAUCCCGGGGCAAGCGUCCUCAGGUCCAGGCUAUGGAGGCGUAUACAGCACCAGCGGGCCGCCGCCCUCAGGCCCCCCCGCCCUGGGCGGAGGAAGACCGUCGGGGCCGCCAGUGAUUCUGCCCAUCGAUCUCCCACCACAGGCGUUCCUGACCUCGGCGAUGCUGCUGGAUAUGGUUGACAAGAAAGUUGACGUCCUGCUCCGCGAUGAGAAGGAGUACAUUGGCAUCCUCCGCUCCUACGACCAGUUCGCAAACCUUGUUCUCACAGAAUGCUACGAGCGGAUAGCAGCGCGCAAUCCCGACUUCGGUACCGAUCCCACAGAACCGGCAUGGCUAAUACACGACGUCAAGCUUCCUGGCCUUAUGACCGUACGCGGUGAGAACGUUACAAUUUGCGCGACAGUAGACCUCGACCGCGAAGACACACCGCGCGGCGUCAAGUUCGCGCCCGUAGAGCAGGUUAGGACACUGGCCGCCCAGCAGAAGGCGGACAAGAAAUCGGCGGAUUCACGGAAAGCAAAGGCGCUGAAACAGGCAGGCAUUGAGCCUGGGUUCGGCAUGGCAGCAUAGAGAUGAGGGCACGAGGGUAGGGGCGAGCAAUGGCAAUGACGAGCAGAGCAGAGUUGAGGGACGAGCAAAAGCUCAGUAGCACGCGCGUAGCGCAGCUGUCUGGCACGAGUUAUGAACUAAAAGCUUUGGUGUGGACCGCACAGCAAGGCCAGAGAAAAGGGAAAGAGCUUGGAUAGCUACGCGGCUUGUCAUAUACAUCAAUGAUACCAGGACCCAGAUGUCCAACUGCGAUGCA